UGACGUGUGCAUGGGAGUACUGUUCAGAAGCACAGGGGCAAGAUGCAAGCAGUAUCUAUCAGUCUAUAAUGGAUAUACCUCUUAACAUACAGAUUUCCUCUCGGAUUUAGUCUUUUAGCCACACCUGUGUCUGAGCGAUUGUCACCUCUAGAGUGUCGUGGAUAAAUACAUGUACAAAUCUUUUCCCUCCGAACCACAAGUGUCUUGUGUGUUCUUUGCACCGUGGAAGUGCGGGCAUUGUGUUUGCGGCUUAAAGUUCGGCAGUCACAUGGUCGCAUAUUUUGAAAACAUAACAGAAACGACGGUUAGCAGUACUUUUGGCGCAAUGGAAAGAACUCAGCCGUGCAAAUUGAAAAGUAAGAUUUGACACAGGAGGAGAUCAAACUCCUGAACGACAUCCGACGAGCCAAGCAACAGCUCCUGAGGGAAAUCAAGGAGCUCGAAAAUGAGAUCGCCAGUGUCACAGCAGACCUAGAGAGCAUGGACAAUGAUGAGAGCAGCAAGACGGGCUCCAAGAGUAAGCAGAUGAACACAGGCCGCAAGAAGUUCAACAUGGAUCCCAAAAAGGGCAUUGAGUAUCUCAUAGAGAAUGAACUGUUGAAGGAAACACCAGAGGAUGUGGCCCAGUUUCUAUAUAAAGGCGAAGGACUCAAUAAAACAGCUAUCGGAGACUAUCUUGGAGAGAAGAAAGACUUCAACAUCAAGGUCUUAGAGGCCUUUGUGGAGCGGCAUGAGUUCAAGGACAUGAUCCUAGUGCAAGCGCUGAGACAAUUCCUCUGGAGUUUCCGUCUCCCAGGUGAGGCACAGAAGAUUGACAGAAUGAUGGAGUGCUUUGCCAAGCGGUAUUGCGAGACCAACCCAGGAGUCUUUGAAUCUACAGACACGUGCUACGUGCUGUCGUUCUCCAUCAUCAUGCUCAACACCAGCUUGCACAACGUCAGCGUGAAGGAAAAGCCCUCCUUGGAACGCUUCAUCUCCAUGAACCGCGGAAUCAACGAGGGCAGGGACCUGCCCGACGAACUGCUCAAGAGCCUGUACGAGAGCAUCAAGAAGGAACCUUUCAAGAUACCGGAGGAUGACGGCAACGACUUAACGCACACCUUCUUUAACCCCGACCGGGAGGGCUGGCUCAUGAAACAAGGAGGUGGUCGUUACAAGAACUGGAAACGUCGGUGGUUUAUUCUAACCGAUAACUGUCUCUACUACUUUGAGUACACCACUGAUAAGGAACCGCGAGGUAUCAUCCCAUUGGAAAACCUACAAAUCCGAGAGAUGGAAGACGGCAAGAAACCUCAUUGUUUUGAGCUCUAUGCGGCGGACGGGCGUGAGAUUAUCAAGGCUUGCAAGACGGAUGCCGAUGGGAAGGUCGUGGAAGGCAAGCACAACAUCUACCGCAUGUCGGCCUCCACCGCGGAGGAGAAAGAGGCCUGGAUCAAAUCCAUCACGGCCAGCAUCAGCAAGGAUCCCUUCUAUGACAUGCUGGCAGCCAGAAAGAAGAAGGCUUCAUCCAACAUAAAGGACUCAUAGAACUCUGGAAAAAAGUGGACCAUGCCUGGCACGUCUUCACAAGUACAUUACAUAUCUCAGCGACCAGAAACUCCAACAGAAAUUAUCCACCAAGCCCCAUGGUGAUUCGGAAAAAAAUGCUUCACCUCGCUGCUGUAAUUAUCAAUGUUGUGGACUGAGUGUGCACAUCAAAGAGGGCGCUUUUGCAGCCUUGCAAUAGAGUAGACUGGAGACCUGUCCUCAUCCUAUCCGAGGACAGACAGGCGGGUAGCUGACCCUACCUUUCCUGUACGUGGGAAAAGCAGUGCCUGUACACAUGCAGGGUGGAUACGGACAAAAGGUGACAUAGUGUCAAAGGCCGUAAGGAAAAUGAUGCAUUUGCCCACACGAAGCCGUGUCUACAUUUGCUAGGGCUGGCAGUAACUCAGCUGUGGGUGUCAGCGUCUUGCUUCAUGUGUGUGUUUAAGCCACAGUCGUACUGUUUGGAUGCAGCCUGCAAUUUUGUGGCUUCAUCAUGGUUGCAUGAAGGGCUGGUCGGCAUGCACUUUUAAUCCAUUCACUUAGGGGAAUCAUCGUAAUUUUACUAGGAAAACUAGGGUGCCAGAUCAUUCGUUCGUAUAACUAGCCAUUCAAAAUAGAAUACAGGGACCAGUAUAGAAAUAAGAGCUGCCCCAUUAAUCCACAAUGAGUCUGACUUUGUCCUGAGAGUCCACUGCUGACAAUUCAGGUUACACCAAAGCAGCAGUAAAGACUGGUCAGUUUUUUAUGAGAGUCUCAGUUGGGCAAAAUACACCAAUUGGGCCUCAGGGAAAUAUCUAAUUGACACUGAAAAUGUUAUAGCAAAUUCCACAAUAAUGGCCACAGUGAAGUUCUGUGUCGUAUUUCUGUUAGCAGACUUUUGAAAGAAAAUCCUGUUUUGGUUUUUUUGGUUUUUUUUUUCAUUGUCUCCAAAUUUUAAUCUCUUUAAGGAGCAUGUUGACGUUACCUAGUUCAACCAUAGGGAUACACAUAUACAUGUAUAUAUCCCUUUGCUGUAUUUGUAUAUUUCAAGUUUCAGUUAAAUUAUAAUAAAAUUAAGGCCAACAAGAAAUACUAGUUGAUUUUAAGAAAAAAAAAUGAAAGAAAAAGGCUUGAAAUGGUUGUUUGCUUUUGGGGGGGUAAUUCCUCCUACAAAAAGCUAAAAGUUUGACAAAUCACAGCACAAUUGUGAGCUUCCGUUUCUUUGUUAAAUACUAUGUUCCAUAUGUUGCUGAAACCGUGUAAAAAGAAAAACUGUAAAUUACUAUAUCACUUAAAAAACUUUCAUUUGUCUUAUAGCAGAUAUAAAUGCUUGUGCGUUGUGAAUAUGUCAUGAGAAAAUGGGACUUUCUUCCGGGGAGGGCUCAUCAAAUACCUAACACUAAUUUAGGAAGAGCAUUCUUAUAUGACAAGUUCUCAGCUGUGUUUUAUGCAUUAUUUUGUAUCAUACCAAUUGCAUCUUUAAGUGAUUUUUUUUUCACGAAUGAUAUAGCUUUGUACCGUCUUAGAUAUUUUGUGGAUAUUUAUUUGGAUGAUAAGUAAACAGGUGCGUUUGUAGUCAUCUGAAGGGCUAUAUCCUCCUUUGAUGUACAAUAUUUGUAGCCAAAUUGUACAAAUUGGUCAAGGAAGAUCCGUGGGAAAAACACUUAACCUACCAGGACUUGAUGAAAGUAAUCACUUGAUAAAUAAUGUAAGCAUUUUGGUUUUAUUUAUUAAGCAACUCAGACUCGCUGAGAGGGUUGAAAUUAUGCUUCAAAACUGUCCUCAUGAACUUGUUUUGAGGGGCAGGCUCGGUUUAAGAUGUCCCUGUUUUAAUGUUUCUGUAUAACACUAUCAAAGGAAAGAGUGUAACACAUGUAGGCCUACUUUCACUUUAACCAACAAAAAGUAUAUGUCUGUAGAGUUGUACAUAGCCAGGAGCAAGUUCAUGUACAUGAUAAAAAAUAUAUUUAACUGAAAUUUUCAGUUGAAUUUUUUUUUUUGGGGGGGGUUAGUUAAUGUUAGUGUAGAUGGAGUUUUGAGUCUGAUAUUUGUGCCCCACAUUGUUGUGGUGAAUGCUCUUUGUAAUUUACAUGAUUGGGAUCUUGUAUUGGCAAAAAAAAAAAAGUAGGUUACAAGUGGUGAAGGUGUUACUCUUUUAAUGUGUUGAAUGCCUCAAUUAGCCUUUUGCGAGUUAAACCAGAGAAAAAAAUCUGGUAAACUGAGUUCUUUAAAUUCAGGUGAAUGUCACAAUUCAGAUUCUCCAUACUAAAGUCGUUGUUGCUGUACCUUGUGAUUCGGGGCAAGCUUUUCCUUAGUUACGUAGGAGUCUUCUUGCACCAAUAUACUGUUUGCUAUGGAUAAAAAGGGCAUGGAGAUGGUAGUUGCUAUGCAAAAGCUUGCCCCAAAUUACGAGGUACACAGCAGCAGUGUCUUUAGUCUGGAGAAUUCAUAUUGUUAUGUUGAUGUGCAAUCAGGUAACUCGGUGUACCAGAUUUUAUUCAAGUUAAUCUUGCAAGACUUAUUUAUGGGCUGUGUGGCUGAAGACACAGCCUAGAGCCCUCAACAAACAAGGCACAGAUCCAUUAGGAUCCCUAGCUGCACCAGGUGGCUCUUAUUAAGGAAUGGCUGCAUUGGAUCAGAGUGAGGUUGCACUUGCAAAAAAAAUCAAAUUUGGCUGUGUUGGAAUCAUAUAUGGCUGGGACUGGCACAGCCAUCUAUGGGAAGUGGCUACAGCUUGGCCUGUUGUUCUCAUUGCCUCGCAUGUUAUUUGUAGCCACAGCAAACAAACACAGCUCUUUCUUCAAAGUGAUACUAUAUAUUUGCCAAGCCACAUAUUACAUGGAUUGCUAAUCUGUUACAUUAGAUUCAGUUGAAGUGAUCGCUGCUUGCCAGUGCAGCCUCUCUUUCAACCACACCAAGGUUCCAUUGGGUACUAUGGAACAGAUGUACUCAGUAUGUGUAUAACCGUAUUUACAACUAUCUUGUAGGAGUAAAAUAAAAAUUGUAAAGCCACAGGAUGGCAGAAAAUUCUGGAUGGAGGCUGCAGGCAGCCAGAUAUAUAAAUAUGCAAUGCACAAAAAAGAGGAAACAACUGUAGUUCAUUUAUUUAAUGAGGCCUCAUUUUUUUGUCAUUGAGACGAACACCUUUAAAAACUCUGUUGAAAAACAUGUUGAACUAAAAGGCAUUGCUGGUGUCCUAUGAAAUUUAGCCUCCUGUAAUAUUUUCUCUCUUUUAUCCUUCUGCAGCAUAGCUGUCAUUUUCUGUGAACUAAGUCACGCACAGUGUGGUCAGUGAGUCUAAAUUGCAUGCAGCACCAGUUUUAAUGGGUAACGGAACACCAUUAGAUUCCUUCCAUGCAGCAUGUUCCAUCCUAACUUGGCACCAGGGGUGUGCCGCACUUGUGGCUUUGCGUCUUAGUGACUGAGCACAUUGACAGAUGUGCGUGUACAUGUAGACAAGUACCCUGCCAUAAGUGGACAUUAUUCUUUUGUACACCGACUUUUCUCUCGUUAGAUCUUUUGUUUUGGGAGCAGUAUUUUUAAGUCGCUGAAGAAUCUUGGCAUGACAGGUAGAACCCAGUUCAGUUUUUCUCUGAUUUUCCCGUGCAUGAACCAAGCCAGAAGGCUGUGCAUAGAAAUUAGAACUGUAGACUUUGUCGUGUGCCAAGUUCUGAAGUUGUUCCUUGUUUGAAGGUUUCUGGCUUAGUAAUAAGAGGCGAUCACAGUUACGGAGUCCUCCUUGCUGUGUUAAAUCCCGAGAUGAGCGUUUUUCCAGAGCAAAAUUUAGAUACGAGUGCAGUACCCUCAUAUACAUGUAGCACUUAAGUAGUGUUGACUGAGUACUUUGAGUGGGUAGGAACGUGUGUAGUUGGAUAUGUGAUCGAACAAGGUUCCAAUAGGACUUGAAUGCGAUUUCAGCUCGUUUUGCAAAUAAUUAAAUCUAAAAUACUUUCUCUCAACACAUAGCUUUUUUACCAGUUUUCAAAAAGCCAGAUUCUCGGGCGAUGUCUUGGUGUUUUAUCAGUUACCUUGUACCUGGGAAAGAGGAAAUUCAACUUCAGCUCUAUCACACUGGCCUUUUUUAAAUCCUGUAAUUGGGCAACUUGGAUGAUUUUGAGGUAGACUAAAUGGUAGGGUGAUUGUGUACAUUAUAAUAAUGAAAAUGACGGACUAAAAUUGAAUGCUGACUUGUGACUUGGGUCAUUGCCGAGUAUAUUUUAACUGGCUUGAAUCAAUGUGUAUAUUCUCAGAUCUGCCAACCUGCCGUACUCCUUCCUGAAAUAAGGCAUUACCACACGAUAGAUUAAAAUUUUGAAUGAACUGAAGGCUCAUUUAAAUACUUUUUAAUCUAUCGUGUGGUACUGCCAGACCUCAGGAAAGAGUACAGCAAUGUUGACAGGUCCGUAUUCUGUUUAUGUUAGCGGGGCCACUCAGCAGAUGUGCUUAGUGUGUAUUGCCCAAAGCUAUUAUCUUGACAUAAAACAGCUUGGUGAUGGUACUUUAACUGUUUGUAUACUUCAUAUUUAGUGAACUUUUUCUGUUUUAUCUCAAAGAAUCGGUGUACAUCACAAACUUCCUUUUUUUUCCCCCUCAAAAUUGGCCGACAUUUGCUUCAACUUUAUUCCUCUUAAAACUAUGUAGGCUAAAAACAAGUUAACUUGUGCUCAUCAAUUCUAUCUAUUGGUUUGUAUACGCAUGGUUAAAAAGCUUAUACCACUCGCCAUCUCGUUAUUUGAGAAUGAUUAAAACCUGAAUCGGUUGCAAUGAGAA